UUAUCGACAGGUUGUUAUGGUAACGCGGAUUCCGAAUUCAAUAACAAUUCAUUUCUUUUUCAUUGAUCGAAGAUUUUUUUAGAAAGCUCUUGGAUUAUUGAAAUGAAUCUAAAUUCAACGACUUCCAUGCGGCUAGAAAUAGAUGAAUCCAUCAUCCAUUCCCAGUUGAAAUUUAAUAAUGAGGAUGAAGAGUUUCAGCAGUUGCUUACUGCAGCGAUUUCAGAAAGGGAUAAUAAACCAGUUGAUGAUCUUCCUUAUAAAACUGUCAAACCGAAGCCAGGCUUUUGUGUAAAAACCAAGAAUGUGAUAACAUCUCAGAAGAUUUUUGUGAAUAUUUGCCACACUACUGUCAUCCCUUCUCCAGUUGAUGUAACAGAAUCAGAACUUACUCGCAUCUUGGAUUCAGACGAGCCUUCUACCUUUCGAAUCCCUAUGAGCUUGGGGGAAGGCCAUGAAGAAGUUGAUAAAUCUGGCCAACCAUGUGUAGCCUAUGACAUAGCCAUCAAUUCCUCUUUCUUCGCAAAAGUGGAGAGUAGUUUGCUUUUUCAAACAUUCCUCGUAACUAUUGCUAUGGAAGGUCUAGAGGAUAAGUACAAAAUGGAACUGGAUAAAAACGGGUGGAAUAUUUUGAAAAAUCGCCGUUGUUUUGGAUCCAUACAAUCGCAUCGCAUUGAGCAACGGAGCGAAAAGCCAUACGUGCAGGAAGUACCUAAAACGUCCCAGUUGAAGGGGAAUAAAAGUCCCAAAUUGAUUGAAGAGGUUGAUCACGUCGCCGUCAGGACUAGUACUACGGAACAACUAAAAAAUGCGAUUCCGCGCUACUCUUUAGUCGCCACACGGGAUGGAACAAAGAUACUAUUGGCCAGGAUUCCAAUUUGGCAGAGCGAAAUCGGAAACAUUUCUUUGUCUGUCAUUUCAGACGACUGUCUUUGCGUCAAAGGAGGUGAAGGACAAAACAUAGUUAAUGUCAAUCUCCCUCACUCUGUUGAUGCUCAGAAAAGUAAAGCCAUCUUCAAUAAGAGUACCAAAAUUUUGACAAUUCUUCUUCCGUUGAUGUGAAAAAUUCCGCUGCAAGCCGUUUGUUUUGCAGUCAUGCUGUAUGAAUACACAAAGAAACAAUUGUACAGUA